UGACACUCAAGACUUGAAGCAGGACUACUUAUCAACCUUUCACGACUACAAUGUUCUUCCGUCUGAUGUGUUUGGUGCUGCUGGGCCUGUUGUGUUGUCUCUCUGUGUUGACAGCAAGCGUUUCUUACCCAAAAUCUCUGCAAUGUGACGUUCACGAGACCAACAACGGGAGUGUGGUGACGGUGGACUGCACUGGGAGAAGCCUCACAGAAAUCCCCUUCGGCAUCCCCAGAGACACUACCAAUCUGACGCUCACCAUUAAUCAUAUUCCAAAGUUAAACUCCACCUCUUUUCACGGUCUGGAGAACCUGACUGAGAUUGACAUGAGGUGCAACUGUGUGCCCAUCAAAAUUGGUCCCAAGGACCGCAUGUGCACUAAGAGUGUGACUAUAGAGACAGAUACUUUCACCAGCCUGAGGAAUCUCCGAGCCUUGUAUCUAGAUGGAAAUCAGCUCUACAGUAUACCCAAAGGCCUGCCUCCCAACCUGAUCCUGCUGAGUUUGGAAAUCAAUCACAUUGUUGAGAUUUCUAAAGCAAACCUCAGCGAGAUUAGAAAUAUCCAAAUGCUUUACCUGGGUCAGAACUGCUAUUUUCGUAAUCCGUGUAAUGGUUCCUAUAUAAUAGAGGCUGAUGCAUUCUUACAGCUUAGUAAUUUAACACUGCUCAGUCUUAAGGCGAAUAACUUAUCCUUUGUUCCUCAUCAGCUCCCAGCGAGUCUGAAGGAGCUGUAUCUCUAUAACAAUAAUAUCCCAAAUAUCACCGAUGAGGAUUUCAAAAACUUAACCAACCUUGAGAUACUAGAUAUAAGCGGGAACUGUCCUCGAUGUUACAAUGUGCCUUUCCCAUGCACCCCUUGUCCAAAUAAUUCCCCUCUUAACAUCAGCAUGGCAGCUUUUAAAAUGCUAACAAAGCUUAAGACACUUAGGCUUCACAGUAACUCCCUGACACACAUGCUAUCCGAGUGGUUUGCCACCAUGACAGAGCUGAGAGAGCUCGAUCUCUCAUCAAACUUUCUAGCAAGGGAAAUAGGUUUCACCAAAUUCCCACGUUUCCUGAGCAAGCUUGAAGAACUUGACCUUUCUUUUAACUAUGAGCUUCAGAGGUACUACCAAACACUGAGACUGAGCCACAAUUUCUCCAAGCUCAAAUCUCUUCGAGUUCUCAGACUAAAGGGUUUUGUGUUUCAGCAGUUGAAGCCAGAGAGCGUCGCCCCUUUGAAACUUCUCAAAAACUUGGAAGUUGUAGAUCUGGGUACGAACUUCAUUAAAAUGGCAAACCUUAGCAUUCUGAUGGAGUUAAAAAGCUUUAAAAUAAUUAGUCUGUCAGACAAUAAGAUAUCGUCCCCCUCUGAUGGUCAGCAUCUUGUUGGUUUCUCUGAAGGAGAGCCUUUGCAGUGGUCUCCCAUGCCAGCUGCGGCUCCCUAUCAGAGAAAGGAAGUGAGAGAAAUCCAUUACUUCAGAUAUGACGAGUAUGCACGCAGCUGUAAAUACAAAGACAAAGAACUUGGAGUUGUCACAUCCUUUGUCAAGAAGCAAUGCAGUCAGUUUGGCAAAACCCUAGAUGUGAGCAGAAACAACAUUUUCUUCCUGCAUUCAAGAUUUUUAAACCUCAGUGAGCUGAGAUGCCUAAAUUUAUCUGGGAAUGCAAUGAGCCAAAGUCUGAACGGCUCUGAAUUCACCUAUCUGAGCAAUCUGAGGUACCUGGACUUCUCAUCAAACCGUCUUGACCUUCUCUAUUCGACUGCUUUCCAAGAACUCAAGAGUCUUGUUGUCUUGGAUAUCAGUAAAAACAACCAUUAUUUUGAGUCCGAAGGCCUUACUCACAUGCUUAAUUUCACUAAAAACUUAAAAUAUCUGAAAGUGCUGCUCAUGAACCACAACAAGAUCUCAACUUCCACUAACACAGACAUGGAGAGUCAAUCUCUAGAGAGGUUAGAGUUCAAAGAUAACCGGUUAGAUAUGAUGUGGAGAGAUGGGGACACCAGAUACUGCAAUUAUUUCAAGAGGCUAAGCAAUCUGACUGUUCUUGACAUAUCUCAUAACAAUCUCAAUUUCAUCCCAGCAGAAGUCUUCAGUGGCUUGCCAGACAAACUGUCUGAGCUUUACAUCAGAAACAACAAACUAAGAGAGUUUGAUUGGGGGAAACUGCACCUGAUACACUCUUUGCGAGUCCUUGAUCUAAGUGGAAAUAGUUUAACUACUGUUCCACACAUGCUGUCAAACUGUAGUCAAACCCUCCAGAAGCUCAUUUUACAGAAGAAUAAAAUCGUACAGCUCAGCCCAGAUUUCCUUAAGGACGCCUACAACUUAACCUAUCUAGAUCUAAGUUUUAACAGCAUACAGCACAUUGACAAAUCUAGCUUUCCAGAUGAUGUAGUCAACCAGAUGUCCAUGCUGCUGUUGAACAACAAUACAUUCCUCUGCACUUGCAAUGCCACUUGGUUUGUCACAUGGCUCAACAAGACUACAGUGACCAUUCCCAGACUGGGCACAGACGUCACCUGUGACAGUCCAGGAGAACAAAAAGGUCAUCCUGUCAUCUUAGUGGACCUUCAAGCCUGCCAGCACCACUAUCUGUCCAUUAUCCUCUACAUCCUCAUGACCUCCGUCACCAUUGCCUUCCUCACCCUGUCCAUCUCCAGCCACCUCUUCCUGUGGGACGUUUGGUACAUCUACCACUUCUGCAGAGCCAAGCUCAAAGGCUACAAGCGCCUGCACUCCCAAAGCUCUGUCUAUGAUGCCUUCGUGAUAUACGACAAAGAGGAUCCGGCUGUGUCAGAGUGGGUGAUGAAGGAAAUGUGCGUCCAUCUGGAGGACCGCGGAGAUCGCCGUCUCACUCUGUGUCUGGAAGACCGGGACUGGAUACCUGGAUGUCCCCUGAUCGACAACCUUUCCCAGAGUAUUCACAAGAGCAAGAGGACCUUGUUCAUUCUCACUAGCAGAUACAUUAAAAGCGGCAACUUCCAGACGGCUUUCUACAUGGCCCACCAGAGGCUAAUGGAUGAGAAGGAUGAUGUUAUCGUGCUGAUCUUCUUAGAGAAAGUGCAGUGCAAUUCAAAGUACUUAAGAUUAAGGAAAAGGCUGUACAAGCGGUCUGUCCUGGAGUGGCCCACAAACCCUCAAGCUCAGCCGUACUUCUGGUUUACCCUGAGGACUGUAUUAGCAACUGAGAGUCACAAACAAUACAAUAAUCUCUUCAGAGAGACACUGUGAACAGAACUGCCAUGCU